GUAGUGGCUAGGCGAGUGGCCAUCGUACUACAGGCCCUUUUACUUUUGGAUUUGUAAAACAACAUGUGGGCAGACGAUGAAGCAGCGCCAUGGGAUAUGGACGACACCCCAGCGGAAGAAACCGCUGAAGGUGCUUCAGCUGCGGAAGGUGCUGCGGAAGGUGGAGAUGCAGCAGCAGCUGGAGAAAAGCCGAAAAUAAAAUUAGAAAAGAUUGAACCACCACAUUACAAUCAUCAUUGGGUUCGUCCUCUCUUCCUUAAUUACGAUUACAUUUACGAAUACAGAAAAAAUUACUACGACGAUGUGAUUGACUAUCUGAACCAAAGGCAAAAGGGGUUGUUCCGUGAACCACCACGAGCUCAAGAGUGGGCUGAACGAGCAAUGAGGACCUACGAUCAGAAGAAUACCGACAGGAGUUACAAACGAUCCGCGGACAUGAAAUCCAUAAUUAAUAUGAGACACGAGCCUAGAUAUUACAGUUACCACACGAGAGCGUAUUAUAGCUUGAAAUACCAAAAGAUUCUGUAAAUAUAUUUUUGAUAAGGGAAAUGGAUAAACCUAUGGUCCCAGGAAUCUUCACCCGCGGCAUAGAUCUUAGAUUUCGUUGUAGUACACUUUAACUUAAAUUCUCAGACCACCAUUUCUUAAUACUUUCUUUUUUCUACAAAUUUGAAACCGAAAAUAAAGCAAUCAAAUGCCCCGCCAUAUAUUAAUAACGUUUAAUCUUUAUUUGAAUUUUAUGAACUUGCUGUAUGAAGGAUUUUUUGUUAUUAAAAUUUAUUUCCGUAUUGUGUACCGCCGCUGUAAAAAUACACUUCCAUUUUUGAA